AACUGAUCGGCGUACGGUGAUGUAGGAGGUGACGGUCGGAUUUGCUUUGGAGGACCAUGGCGAGCACUUUCUCGGAGGUAGAGGUCCAAGAGCAUCAUAAGCAGCAGCGAGCGUGUGGCUCCCGACCUAAGUAUCGAGAUGGAAGAAGAGCCAGAGCCGUGAAAGUCUACACAAUCAACCUGGAGUCUCGCUAUCUGCUGGUGCAGGGGGUCCCAGCGAUCGGCGUAGCCAAGGAGCUCAUAGAACAGUUUGCCCUUUACGGUGCCGUCGAAGAAUACAAUGCCCUAGACGAAUACCCCGCUGAGCAGUUCACGGAGGUGUAUCUGAUUAAACUUCAGAGGUUACAGAGCGCGCGAGUUGCGAAACGGAAACUAGAUGAGCGGAACUUCUUCGGUGGGUUGCUCCAUGUGUGUUACGCCCCGGAGUUUGAAACUGUCCAGGAGACCAGAGAGAAACUUCAAGACAGGAGAAGAUUUGUGGCAAGAGCUACAUCUGACCGAGCUCGGCCUAUACCAGAGAAGAAACAAAGUGUCUCUCGGUGUGGUGGACCUCUUGGAUCUGCUGCACAAGUCACCGGCCCGGAUUCUCAUUUACAAGCCGCUUAUCCGAUGGUAUCCUGUGUUGGAGUUUCAUCCACUAGGGAGUCAGAUGUUUCUCACAGUUCAUUGUACGGCACCAAGGAUGGUCGCCUUCCACGAUUUAUGUCUAGAACUGCCCAACUACAGGAGAGACAGAUGAAAAGGGAACAUGGCAGUGCCCUUCCUACGCAUGGGUUCAUUCCUGAUAAACACGAUAUUGAAAUAGGACCAAAGCUUCCGCUCUUCAGAAAGGAUUCUCAUUUGCAAGCCGCAGACCCACAGACAUCCACUGGGGAUCCUGAUGUUUCUUGGAGUUCAUAUUCAGCGCAUGAGGACCUCACCAAAAUAGGAUCUGAAUCUAAUGUCCACCUUUUGCCUUCCAGCAGCCACAUGGAAGUUGGGUUGCAGAACUCUAAAACACAUGUUUUAUCACAAAACAGACAGACUCCCGCAGGUGGUAGUUUUCCAAGAUUUAUGCCUAGAACAACCCAACUGCAGGAGAGACACAGGAGAAGAGAAGUUGGCAAUGCCAUUCCUCUGUGUGGAUUAAUUCCCGAUGAACAGGAUAUUGUUAUUGGACCAAUGCUACCAGAAAUAAAACAACUAGAUAUGGACGAUCCUUCUCUCAAUGUGUCGGCAGAUUUCAUCAGGGAGAAACUAAAAAAGGUUUCUGAACCACCAAAAACAAAGAUUCCAGAGAGAGCCACGGAGGACACGGAAACUAUACCACCAAAGAAACAGAGACGGCGGAUUUAACUGGCACCAUUUAAUGUAUGUUGUGUGUAUUUACAAAAUGCAACAAGAAUACCAUGAAUACUGAGCAUUUUAAA